GGGGUCUGGCCCGGAGGCCCGGGGGUGUGUGUGUGUGCGCGGAGGGGAAAGCUGGGUGCCGGUUCGCGGACACGAAGAGCGGAGCUGAGGUGCUCCGUGGCGUGGGCAAGGGGCUGAGGCGGCGGCCGAGCCGCCCUCCCCUCAACUUGCCGCCUCCCGGGGAGGACGUCCCGCCCGGCUCCGCUGCCCCUCAGCUGGCAGCCGUGGGGCCGGGACUCCGCAACCUCUCGAAGCGUUUUCCUUCGUCCUUCAGGCCUGCGUUCCCGGAACCGGUUCCCGGCUUGGGAAAGGCGGUCGUUCCCUUAUCGGGGUCAGGCCGGCGGCCCCGCUCGGUGCCUUGCAGGGAGAUAGCUGGUGGUGGCUGUCACUCGGCUUGGAGGGACGACAGGUCGCCAUGUCGUGGCAGCGUGCGGGCCGUGGGCAGCUUAAAAUCGAGCGUGAGGCGGAUGGGUUGUAAGUGGAGCUUUUGGUAGAGAUUAAAGCUGCUCUGUGGAUGGCGAAGGGAUUUGCAGGACGAGAAUGAUUUGAGGAGUAGAAGCGUCCCUCCGAGGCUGCAAGCUGCGGGUCUCCUCUAGUUUGACACCAGGAAUUUGAGCGACUGACGCUCUGCAGAGGCGAGUGGGGUCAGAGCGUGCGUGCCCUGGGACCAAAGCCGGUGUGAGCCAGCCUUGCUGCUGGGAGAAGCCGUCCUGGCUGCUUCAUCCUGCUGCAGUGCUUGCUCUGCGAUCCAGGGCAGGGGCCUGGUCCGGGUUAAAGCUGGCCUCAGCCAGGUUAGUUCAUGACCCGAUAACGUUCAGGCUCGCCUCUGUGCCCGCACCAACGAAGCGACUGCGGCGGAAGGCUGGCUUUGGCCACCUUUACACCCACCGUGGUGACAGAGUCUCGCUUCAGCUGGAGGCUUGUCUGAGGUGUUGGGAGCAAAACGAGCUCAGCUACAAAACUCCUGGCUGAGCCUCUGCUGCUCAACUCGGAGCCCUGACCAGCGAUGCCACUUUUGGAGUUUUAAGCAUUAAUUUGCUUGGAGCUUAUACUGCGAAGAUGGCAUGGCAGCCCCGAAACUCUGCUGCCAGUAAGGCUAAGUGAUUUUAAAGUGAUUCCCUAAUAGUUGGCUGAUCUGAGAGGAGAGGUAAAAUGGGAGUGCUGCAAAGGAGGAAUUCGGAGAGCAUCAUGAUCCUUCUGGACAAGGCUCAUUUUUGCAUCUUGCUGUGAAGAAUGUAUGGGGUGAAGGCAAGUUUUGGAAGUGGCCUGUGAGAGCUGGGGCUUGAGCACUCACCUGCACUUUGGGGGAGAGGGGGCUGCCAGGUACGUUUACCUUCCAGGUGUUUAGGGUUGGGAGCAGUUCUGUACUGGUGCUUCAUGGUCCUAAUGCCACAGGGGGGUUGAUUUCUGUGCUGAAGUACCAGGUAGCGAUGGCUUCUGCGUGUGUAGUCUGUGCUGGGCAAAAUAUUUGAUGCCAUCAGUGGUCCUGCACUACGAGCUUGAGGCUGAGCUCAUCUGCUUAGAGACCUGCCUAGGCAGAUGUGUCACCCCUGCGUGGAGACUGUCACAGGGACAUGAAUCUGCUGGAGGCAGGUUUUCCAGUACCCCAGUGGCAUGGGGGAGAGAGUUGAAGGGGACAAAGCCAGAUGACCUUGUUUGACCUCGUUAGUGAAACCCGAAGCGUGACUCUUGAGAGCUUUUUGAUGCCUUGUGCACGGAACGUUUUGAUGCAACUUCAUGGUUUGGCCCCUUAAUGCUUCUUAGUGGAGAAGGUGGACCUUGGUUGGAGCCACAGGGUGUGGGGUGGCACAGGGGUCGCAUGUUGCAGGGCUCGUGCUUAAAGGGUGAAGUCCUAACCACCGUGAGGGAUUCUCACCUUGUGCCCUCGCAGAAGUUAUUUGGCUUUAAGAUCUUGUGUGUCCCUUAAUAUGAGAAAGGAGGACCUUCAGACACACCUGCUGCUUUGAAGUGUCAGUCACUCUGCCUGAUGUCAGCUUGGCAGACUCGAGUUGAGGCUUAGCCAGGUGGGAUGAAAGCUGCUGGGUGUCUCUGUUGGCAGGUGAAGGAGCUGGUUCUUGAUAACUGCCGUUCGGACGAUGGGAAGAUCGUUGGUCUCUCUUCAGAUUUUGAGAACCUGGAGUUCCUCAGCAUGAUCAACAUCAACUUGCUGUCCGUCUCCAAUCUCCCCAAACUCAACAAACUCCGGAAGCUGGAGCUGAGUGAUAACAGGAUUUCUGGUGGCCUUGAAGUUCUAGCAGAGAGAACUCCUAACCUGACACACUUGAAUCUAAGCGGCAACAAGAUCAAAGACAUCAAUACCCUGGAGCCCUUGAAAAAGUUGCCAAACCUCCAUAGUCUGGACCUCUUCAACUGUGAGGUGACAAUGCUUAUCAACUACCGGGAGAGCGUGUUCACCCUUCUGCCCCAGCUCACCUACCUAGACGGAUUUGAUGCUGAUGACCAGGAAGCCCCUGACUCAGACCCUGAAGCAGAUGGGGAUGGACUGGAAGAUGAGUAUGAGAAUGGGGAAGAAGGUGAGGAAGAGGAUGAUGAUGAUGAGGAAGAUGAUUUGGAUGAAGAAGUCAUUGAUGAUGAAGAAGAUGAAGAUGAUGAUCUGGAAGGUGAAGAGGAGGAAGAUGGAGUAGAUGAUGAGGAGGAAGAUGAGGAGGAAGAUGGUGAGGAUGAUGAAGAAGAUGAAGCUGAUGAUGACCUUCCGCGAGGGGAAAAGAGAAAACGAAAUCUAGAGGAUGAAGGAGAGGAAGAUCCAGAAGACGAAGAGGACGAUGAGGAUGACUGAUCCGAGCGAGCCAAUCAGUUUUACAGACUAUGACUGUGCUUGUCUUAACCUCCCCGUUGUGUCUAUGUGAGACUGUAAAUCCCCGUCUCCCACUCCUCCCCCCUUUGUAUGGCUGCAGCGUCCACAAUAUAUUUUUUUAAGAUGUAGAAUACUGUAGGCAUUCAGGGGAAUCUUCCAUACAAGGCUUACUUUCUCACAAGUAUCUCAUGACCAAAGGCUUUCUCCGUUCUGUGGUUUGUGCAGCAGUUUGCAAAAAAAAAAAAAAAAAAAAAAAAAAAAAAAAAAAAUCAAAAAAAAAAGAAAAAAAAAUUCCUCCUAGGGUAUCUUUCGUGUCUGAAAUCAGCCUUGCCACACUGGACCCAGAGCUCCAGCUCGCCACCCUGCCUGACAGCAAAGAAGGCGUGUUUGCUAUCCGCAUGCCCUCAGACCAGCUUUCUGAAGACACUUGAGCCAUCUUGAGCAGUGGGUGCAAAUCUGGUUCAUCUAAAUGGACUCAAAGCGAACGAUCACUGAGGUCUCUCUGAUCAGAAAUAAUGGUGAUGUGAUCUCUGGAGAUGCUUGAAGAUACUUUAGUGCUGGGGAUGUGGGGUGCCUGGGGUCUUGGGGAGAGGGGGGGGGUUGGCUGCUUGCAAGACCUGGUACCUCUGACGAUGCACCUUGCAGUAGCCCUGCACUUGCUUUCCUAUUUUUUUAAAAACUGGAAUAUUUUUCCUGGUGGCCACCUAGUAACUUCCACUUGGAUGUCCAAGUAAGUCUGAUUCUUGCGGCUGUGAGCGUCUUCGCUGUGAUGAGGCUUCUCGUCACCCCAUAGCAGCCUCUCCCUUUAGGAAGAGAUAGGAAAUAGCAGGUUAAGGGAUACUGCACUUCUGUCAAACUCCAUUUCGCACUGUACAGAACACGUUCAACCAGUAUCACUGUGAUGCACCUAACUCGGCGUUCCCCGGGAGACCGUGUUAGCCUAUAUAUUCUCAGGGUCCUUCUGCUAGCCAGUACCAGCUCUGGACAGUUGCCUCAGCGCUAGCCUGGUGUCCGCAUCCUCCUCCUCUUUCCUUUUCAGCAUGAAGAAAUGUGCAUUGAUCAGAAAUCCAGCUCUCUCCCACUUGUGUUUAUGCUCUGCGGGAGCACAGAUGGUGCCGCAGAGCAUGUGUCCCCCCACCCUGCGGUGGCUGGAAGGAGGAAGGGGUGGAUUCAGCCAGGUGUAGCUCUCCGCCGGAGGGUUUCUGACCCCUUGCCCACCCUUCCUCUGCCUGGAGGUGUUCAGCCGGCACAUCCGUUAGCUUCUGGGGAGCACUGGCCCCGUGGCAUCCAAGGGAUGGUAACUGCUCGGUGCUGGGUGCCGGAGAGCCGUGCUGGGGCGGGAGUAACUGCUGUUCCUCCUGCUGUUGAGGCUCUCCACGGGUGCAGACGCACUGGCACUUUGUGGCGUUCCCGGUGGUUGCUCUGGGCAAUCUGUCGGCACCCUGCGCUCGGAGGCGAGACUCGCAGCGGUUCCUUCAGAGGAGGGGUGUGUGUUGCAGCACAUCCGAGUUUCUCUUGCUUUGUUCUGUCCUUGCUGUUGUCUCUUGCAUUGUACAGUAGCUGUAACCAUUCGGAGAAGAACUAGUCCUGUAAAAUGCAAACUGAGUAACUUAUAAAUGUUAAAGGAAUUUUUAAAAGAAAUUUCAGAGCAGCAGUUACUUCUAAUUUUUCCCUGCAUUUUUAGCAGAUCGUAUGGAUUUUAUAUUAGCUUAGUAACUGUCAGGUUUUGAUUGGUCAGACUAGUCCCAGAAAUAAGGAUCUCCAGCCCUUUUGUAUCUUUUGUUACAAAAUUUGGAUAAAACUUUUAAUAAAGACUUCAGUUUUUAAAAA